UGUGAGCUUAGGUAUGAUCCAUAUUGAGAUUAACAUUUGUUUACAAUCAACUCCCAUUUACUGAUAUUUUAAUAACUUUAUAUGUGGUUGAUGAACAGAUCGAGAUGAUCAGGAAUACACGCAAAUGGAUUGUGAUCGCCAUUGCCGUGGUAAGUAUGUACUUCAAAUAGUAACUAACUAUUUGUACCUAAUCAUAAAAAAAUUAAUUUGAAUAUUCUUAAAGUAUAAUAUUUAUUAGCCAUGUAAAACUUUUGAUCGUAUGUAUUCCAAUAUAAAUUAUUUCAGGUAAGAUUUUUGAUUUUUUCAAAGCUGGUAGAAAAAUAUUUUUCACCAUAUAUGACUAAAAAAUUAUAAUAUCAUGCUUAUAAAAAAAACUCAAAAAUAAACAAUACUCGAAAGUGUUAACAAAAAUCUAUCUUCAUGUAUGGCGUAAGGCACCCCAUGAUUUUCUCGUAUAUAGUUUAUCAUUUAUAAAACUCUUGUUCAAUAUCUUGUUCGGAUUUUUUAUUCGAUAUUUGUUUCCUUAAAUGUCAGUAGUCAAUUUAAAAUUUAUUUAUUUAUUUGCCAUUAUUAUCAUAAAAAGAUUACUCUUAUUUUACCAUAAUACUGUUAUUUCAUUAUCGUUUUACCAUUGAGCACGUUAAAUGUAGUAUAAAAAUUUAAAUAAGAUGUUGUCAUAAUAUAAACGCAUAAACGAAUUUUUAAAAGAACAAAUUUAUAUCAAGAAAUAAAAGGUCUUAGUACAUACUUUAACUAAAUUAACUUAAUAAAAAAACUAAAAUGAUAUCCUACAAACAUAUAAAAUCUAAGGAACCAUAGAAUUCAAAUAAGUUAUAAAAAUUAUAAUUGGACGGGUGGUUGUGGAUAAAUUUUAUUCUAGCUUAAUUGUUUUAAACAUCGCAAAUGGAUUAGGUUAUAGUCAAAUCUUAGCCAUUAAAAGAUAAAAAUUUACACACUUUGGAAUUUUGCUUCCGAUUCUAUUAAAAUUGUUCGCUAUCAUUUACUUUUAAGUUAAAAAAAAAGUAUAUAUAUAUUAUUUUUAUUAUUUUUUUAAAAACAGUUGCUCGAAUGUACUGUAAUAUACUCGAUAUAACAUUUUAACAUAGGACCCGUUUUAGAUUCCAUUCAAAACUCGUAUAUUAGCUGUGUCUAAAUUCUAUAAUGGUUCAUAACGAUGCGCAAUUUAUUUUCUCGGUACGGUGACAUUUUAUUAUUUUAGAUUAUGGUGGUGUACAUCGAAUCUGUUAAAUCGUCACCACACGGAAGAUGUUGCUGCCAUAAUAGGAAAAACACGUAGUUAAAGGAAAACUAUAGAUACCGUUUAAUCUACUGCAAAGGUGGGUAACAUCGUAUAAUUAUAUUUUUCUUCUCCAGAUUUACAAAGUACCUAUACAAAUAAUUAAAAUGAUUUAACUGCUUCUAUAAGAUCAUAUUUAAUAAGUAUUUAUUUGUAUUCAUUUCGAAUACUUGUUUAAAUUUCUUUGCAAUAUAUUUUGUAUUUUAAUUAGUUAGAUUAAUAUCUAUCGAAGUUUCAUUAUUGUUAUUAUUUUUAUUUUGUUUUUUAUCAUAUUACAAUGGUUUGUAUUUAUUAUUGUUUUAAAUUAAAGAAAUCUGAAAUACCUAUUUAUUGACUAUAUUCAGAAAUGUCAAUGUUUGAAACACAGUUGAUGAUUCUUUGAUUUAUUUUUUUUGUUUUUUUCAAAUCUUUUGAGAAACCAAAUACUUAAAUUAAAAUCCGUGAUCAAUUUUCAAUAAUUUAAGAUAGUUGCGACACGUUUGUAAAUUGUAUAUUAUAGUAUAUGUAUUGAAUUUUCCUAUAAACAUUUAAAAAUAAGAUAUUUAAACAAGAAGCUCUGAGACACAUAGAUAAAUACAAUAAAAAAACCAAAACAAAUAUGCUAUUAUAGUCUAGUUCAUUUAGUUAAACCGAUUUGAUUUAAAUUAAUUCUAACGUAGGUAUACCAAAUUGUGUUUCAACACAUUGAACUUAUUUAAUUGUUGUCAAAAAAUACGUCUAAAAGAAACAUUAGUAAUUUCUUUAAUAAGCAAAAAAUAAAUAAAGAUAAUGCCAUUGAUUCUAAUGAACCUGAAUAAUCCAAUUCAAUAACUUCAAAUCUUAUUGCUCAGUGAGUAUUUGAAGUAGUGCAAUAGCCUAUACGUUAUUAUAUUUUAUAGUUUAUGAUUAUUGUUAUUGUAUUGUACUAGUUUACGAUUAUAUAUUAUUUUUUCUAAACCUUAUGAGUGCGAUACUUCUUCUUUCAGUCUUCAAUCCUUAGAUUGGUUUGCUGCAGUUCUCCAUGCGAUCCUAUCGUUACUUAAUUUCUUUAGUUCCUUAUAGCUAUUCUUUCCCAUGUCAAUUAUGAUUUGCUUCAUGUACUCCAUCCUUGGUCUUCCUCUUCCUAUAUGGCCUUCAACGUCGCCUUCUAUGACGGUUUUCGAUAGACUCUCAUGGCGUAGUAGAUGUCCUAUCAUUUUAGCUCUUCUAACUUUUAUGGUAUGCCAUAGUAUUUUCUUUUCUUUUAUUCUAUUUAAUACUGUUUCGAAUCGCAAUAAUGCUUUUAAUAUUUAAACAUUUUUUUAGAUUCUGAGCAUAGCGUAGAAUGUAUUGGUUUUAUUAGGAUUUUUUUUUUAUACUGUGUACACAAAUUCGAUUAGAAACCUUGCUCAGAUAUAUACACACGGCUCCAUUUUUGAAAGAGUAUUGUGUCCAGAUGGGACUUUUAAGAGGCCAUUUUUAAAUGAAAAGACUUAAAAUUUGAGUCGAAUCGUUGAGUAAAAAAUUAUGCGGAACAAAUCAUAUUUUUCAUUUUUUUUUUCACAUAUGUAUAUUGACGAUUUCAGAACGAUGGAAUAGUCAAAAUUAAGUGGGCUGACUAAGUUUCGAAAUUAUAACUUUUUGAAUUUCUGGUAUUAUGCGGAUAUUAUAUGUUAUUUUAAGCAACUAAAUGUUGUCAUCACUAUAGUUUGUUAGUUGUAUCUGAAUGGUUAUACAUACCUAUUAUUAUACCUGGAGGUCCUGGGUUCGAAUUUUGAAAUAAAAUAAUUCGAUUCAUUUUUAGACUUUGGAAUAACUAAAACAACUUAACAUAACUAUAAAAAACAAAUACUGUUUCCAGAUAAAUAAUUCCUAGAUUUAUAAAGUUUUAAACUUUAAUAUGUUAUUUCAAAAACUUCAUAAAGUUAAUGGAAUUAAAAAAAAACAGUUAAAAACUGUUUCACCAAUAUAUGACAUAAUGACAAAUCACCAAUUUUCAUGAAAUUCAUCUAAUACAGAAUGCAUCGGCUGAAAACUAAUUAAAUAAAAUAAUAAAAUAAAAUAUUUGUCUUGUUAAACCUUUUAAAAAGAGAAGUCACCCGAUUUUAAAAAUGGUAAAACAAAUUUACGGUAAAAAUCUUUGAUAAAAUUUGCAUUAAUUUACGUUCUAUUGUAAAAUUUACUUUCGAGCUUUCGUCUUUAGUUUUACUUUAAACAUUUUUUACCGUUAUCAUGCAAACGGGGAGGUACAUUGCUUUCCAUAUCUUUUAUAUGAGUAGAAAGAAUUCGUUACAGAUGGGUUGAAAUACAUUGAAAUUUGUCUGUUAAAAGCUAAGAUAUUCGUUAUAUGCAGGUGUACGUUUUAGUGUAUUACGAUAAGUAUAUAUUGUUGUUUUAUUUUUUUAAAAAUAUACUUUUUAUGCUGUUAUUUCAUUUUAGAUGUAUUUAUAAUUCAAUGUUCAAAAACAUUUCAUCGUCAAUAAUGGGAACCGCGUGAAGAUGAUACAUCAAAAAACAAAUAAGUUAGAGUUUACCUACACUAACGUAACCUAUAUUAUUAUGAGUGUUAAAUAAAUUUCUAAAGUAAAAUAUACACAAAUAAAUACGUUUAAAUAAUUAUUAUGGCUGCAUUGAACUUUGAGUGACAACCAAAAACUACACCUAUAUAAACAUUUACUUGGAUCAAAAACGAUAGUAAACUUCUAUAUAAAAUUGUAUUAUUAUUUAUCGGGCGAUUCUGUAAUUGCAUAUAAUUAAAAAAUAGAUUACAUCAAAAAAUAAUUGUUAUUAUGGUCGAACAAAAUUUGCAGUUGGGCUAUACAGAGUAGUAUCAUGUUUCUAAAAAAUUGUUGACGUUUGAAGGUUGUUAUGGUUAAGUUUAUUAUAUUUUCUUUGUCAUAUCGUGUAAUUAAACAAAUUGGACUUAAAAACAGAAUAAAGCAUAAUAUUGCAUACAAGAAAUCCAAUGAUGAACUAAGUAACCAGUCACUAUAGUAAUUAGUAACUACGGUUCUUUGUGGGAAUUUUCAAACAAUUAUCACGGCCCUUACACAGACUACGUUAUUAUAUAAUUAUUUAUUUUUAUUUUUUUUUUUAAAUUUUAUCCGUAGUACCAAGGGAAUACAUAAACAAUUCAUUAACAAUUCAUAAACAAUUUUCAUACCAAAAAUAACUAUGAACCUACAUCAGCCACCUUUAGGGAUAGAAUUCAGUGGAAAAAGUAGUUUAUUGUUAUUCCUGUCUAGAAUGACAUAUAGGCAAAGUUGCAGCUUAAUAAGUUCAACGUGAAAGAGCAACCGACAUCCAUCCAAAUAAACUUUUACAUUUAUAAUAUUAUUAGGAUAGGAUUCGUAAGUUGUAAAUUUCAAAAAGACAGUAAAUAAAUGUAUAAAUAAAAAAUGUAUAUAGCAGGUGAUCAAUUUAAGUGGGUACACUCAUUAUCUAGGAAAGCAUUAACUUUUUCCGAAAUUUUUUUCUAGAAAAUUUAAAAAACAAGCAGAUAUUCCAAUUUUAAGUUUCGAUUGGAGAAAAUUAGUGGUGCGUUAUUAACACGCUGUACCACUACACAUAUGAUACUCCACUACUCUCCACUACUCCAACACAAACUCGAAAGUGAAACCUCGUCAACGGAUCGAUGGAAAUCAAAAAUGUCACCACUAAAAAUUUAUUUUAACGAAUAUUCCAUAUAUUUAUAUGAUUUUAAACAUAGGUUGCUGUUUGAAAAUCAAAAGUAGGUAGCGGUUUUACCCCCAAAAAUAACAAAAAAUAACAUAAAUAUAAAAUUGUAGAGCUGUUUGUUUUUUUAAAUUUUUUAGAAAUCAAAUUCCGAAAAAAUGUUAACACUUUCCGAGAUAAUGAGUGUACCCACUUAAAUGGAUCACCCGGUAUAGAAAUACCUACACGUAUUAACACCAUUUUAAUAAUUUUGUUUUCGCUUUAUUAUUUUAUUAUUCAAAAAGACAUACUUAUUUAGUUUGGAAAAAUGAUAUGAUUGUGACGUACAUACACAUACAUGGAAUUUUAAGCAAUAUUGAGUACUGAUCUCACAUUGAUUGCGAGAACAAUAUUUCUCGGUGUUUAGUUAUUGUACAUUUUAAGAUUAGUACCUAUACAGACAUACAAUAUACAAUAUCCAGAUAAUAUUUUAUAUAAUAUUGUAGAAACAACAUUGUUCUUUGAAUAAACUUCAUAAUUAAACAAAAUUUAACUUUAAUAAAUAAUAUGUUUGCGUAGUUCUCACUGUACAACGAUCAAAUGUUAAACAUCACAUUACAUCUAAUCUUUGUAACGUAUAAUACUUUAAAUUUAAUGAUUAUAAAUGUCCGUAGAUAUAUUAUAAAACCCUAUGGUAAUCCUAGCAUUAAACACUGUGAUAGUGUUAGAUCUUCCUUCAUAUGACUGAUAAGGAAACAAAGUUUCACGAGUUCACUUUGCAUUUUAAUUUAACAAAUAACCAUUUAUUUGUUAUAAAGAAAAAAAAAAUACGUCCAUAAGUCAAAAAGUGAAAAUAUUAUCAUUUCUUUGAUGGAUUCAUGUGUCUGUUAUCACAAAUGAAGAUCACUGACCGCGCUCACUUCAUCAUAAAAGAACCAAUCUCUCUUUGUUCGAAAUGUGGACUAUUUUCGUCAAACAAUUAUAAAUUUGUUGAACUACAUUUUUUGACCUUGGACUUUGCACUUUUCAGCGAGUGGUAUUACUAUUACUACAGUAAAAUACGAACUCUUGAAAUACUAACUCGUGUGAUAUUUCCUAUGCUUGCCUACCGUAUAGUUUUGACAGUCACCUUGUCAAUAUUGAUACGACACAAAUACUACACGCCCUACAGCCACAAUUGGGUAUAAAACACCGUGUGGGCUCGAGCGUGUUCUAUACUUGGAUGGACACGUUUUUAGAAUUUACACGACUUCGCUCAAUGCUGAUAUUAUAGUAAUAUUAUAAGUGAUUAACUACCAGAAUUAAGAUAAUAAUAUUAUGUACAGGAUAACACGUAAUUUUAUACUGGUCACCAUGGUUAUGGUAAGUCUUUGUAUACAAAUAUAAUUACAGAAAUAUAUUGCGAUAUACAAAAUAGAACGGUUGGACAUUAACGAGUUAAAAGUCAAACUGAAUAAAUUUAACAAGAUAACUCUUUUCUUUAUGUGUAAAAACAAAACUUUAAUUCAAGCUAAAUGUAUAAAAUAAAGAAUUACACCUAAGGAAAUUGCGAAGAUAUUGUCAGCGCACUAUUUAUUUUUCCGUUUUUACCCACUCGCAACAUAGCAAAUUUGCAUUUAGUAAAACCAAACUUGUGUUUUUAGUUUAAGUAUUAGACUAAGUAGAGUGAAUUGAUUUAUUUUUAAACUUAGAACUUAAAAACAUCGUGUUUAGUAGGUCGUUGAUUUUUCGUUAUUUUAAUUUUUAUGCGUGAUAAAGGCGUUUUUUUACAUUUUAACAUAUCACAUAUUCAUAUUUUACUAAUUAAAAUAAUGAAAAUAACUGACGUAGAAUGUAGAUACAUUCUAUAUAUAAUGUUCUUAAUAUUAAGUUUGAUAAUAAUAUGUUAAUUUACUCUAACAACAACACAACUUUGCUUCUAUUUAUCGCAAGUUUGCUAUUUUGUACGUAGGUCAGAGAGAAAAAACAAAUAGCACGCUAACAUCCCAUAAGUUGAAUUUUAUCCAGAGUACAUAGUAGAAAUUAUCUAUAUUUUCCGAAUGAAGUUUUUAUAUUUUAAAAUAGGACAUUUUACAAAGACAUCUGGUAUGUUGGUAAGACCAAAGGUAAUAUUAAAACGUUAAUUUAGAUUAUAUUUGUACAUACUAUAUACUAUGACAUACUAAUAUUUUUACGUAUAAUAAGACUUGUUAUAAUAUCUCAAUCUAGCUCUCAUGUUGGCUGUUGUAUUGUGUUUUAUCUAGAUAGGUAUUAUUUUUAAAUAUCCAGAUAAAUGAGAAAUAUCAUUAAAAUAUAAUAAGAGUUAUCUGAGAUGAUUAAUUGAAUCACUUAUAAAUACAUUUGUUUUUUUAAAACGUGAUUUAUAAAGGUGUUUAAAUAAUAGAUAAAAUAUGUAAUUUAUUUAUAUUAUACAGAUGUAAAAUGCUAUUUUUUUUAACGAGUAAUCUUCAAAACUUAUCAUUUAAUCAUCACGCAGUUUUUUUUUUUUUAAUUAUAUAGUACCUAUAUACCUGGAGACAAUUUUAAGCUACUGAAAUUUUCGAUCUGAUCAGUAGAAGUAGUAGAUCUAGCCUGCAGUAAUUUGGGCUGGAUACAAACAAAUAUGUGUAGGUAUUUUUUAUUACUUAGCAACUAAAUAACUGAUUUAUAUAAGUUUGAAAUGAAAAUGAAAAUUAAAGAAAAUGCAUUUUUAAAAAUUUAAGGGCAGCAACGGUUAACUGCACAGUGUUAGUGACCGAGAUUGAAACACGAAAUCUAGGUUACACAUUUGUUUUUUGUUUUUUUGGUCACGGGUAAUUACUAAAGAUACUGAAUUGACCGAUUUGAUUUAAAAAAAAAUAAUAAUAGAGUGCAUCGUGGAGUAGGUUUAAAACUAAAUUCCACUUUUGCAAGUUAAUAAACAAUCAAGUAAUUAAUUUCUAUAAAUAAAGGGCAAAUACGAGUUAUAUAUUAAAUAGAGUUCAAAUUAUAAUGAAAUUAAAUAGACACUCACUAAACAUCAAACGGAAAUGUAGGCAUGGCCUUGAACGAAGUUCCUACGCGUCAACAGGUGGCGCAAAAAAAAAAAAGGUUAGGUAACUCGGGUGAAGCCGAACGAAUCGGCUAGUACCUAUUAUUAAUAUACCUAGAAUUUAAUAAAUUAAUAAUUUUAUCACAUCAAUCACAUAUAUAUAACCUAUUUGAUAUCUAAAUGUGUACAAAAUCUGGUAUACUGAGUACUUUCAGCAGUUUGUUUUAUGAUAGAUAAUGAACAAAAUUAUCUUUUUUUGCUAUCUAUAUAAAAAGUUUCUGAUUUUUAUCUUUAUCUAAAUAAUAUGACUCUAGCAAUUAUCCCGAAUUGAUAGUUUAAAAUUUAUCAUUAUACAACACUUGUUAGCUGUAUCUACAUUCUCCAGUGGCGUAAUUGAGGGGAGACGAUGGGCGGAUCGCCCCCUCCUCGGAAUUUUUAAUCACGGCUAUAGGCUAUAGACAAUUACAUAAUGCAGUAUUCAUAACCGUUUCAUUUAUUAUUUCUGGGGUAUUUUUCUCAGGGUUACCAAAAAGUGGUGAUAAUGAUAUUACUAGGGUAAUUUUUCGUCUAUUAUACAUAUAGAGAUAUCGAUGUGGAUGUCUUAACAGUAGACAUCAUAGAUUGGUUCGCAAGAGAAAAAAAGAAUAAUAUUUCUUUAAAAUUUGUUGUAAACAUUUUUAUUUAUAAUCGUUCGAUAUGAAAAUAUAAUGCAUUUUAUUUUACGGCCGUUACGGGUAAACACCAAAAUCGUACAAAUCUCUGAAAUGCCCGGGCAAAACGCAAAAUCUCCACUAUGAUACUUGGGCAAAACGUUAUAUUUCGACUAUUUUGUAGAUAAAUCUAUAUAGCAGUGACCAAAAUCAUCUGUGAGGUCCACAAAUUUCAAUUUUUCAUAAAUCUGAGAUUUUCCUGAUUUCGGCUUUUGAUUGUAUACACAUCAUUUUUUUUUUUUUUUUUUUUAUGGUAUAAACUAUAGUUUAUACCUUUAAACAAUUUUUUUUUGAUUGCCAAUAUAACUGUUGUUUUUUUUCGGGACGAGGAAAUCCCGCGAUUUUUUAUGGUAUAUUGCAACUUUUAAACUACCCCCUCCUUGAUUAAGCUCAAGAUACGCCACUGCUAUUCUCUGUGGUUUCAUAACGGUGUAACAUAUUUUUUGUCGAUGCUUUCAAAAAAUAUAUUCUUUUUUCAGAUGAUAAUAGUACACAUCGAAUCGGUGAGAUCAGCACCAUGUGAAUUCAACUAUGAGUACAGCUUCUGUGACUGUGGCUGUGGUUGUGGCUCUGGCUGUAAAUGUGGUUGUGGUUGUGGCUCUGGCUGUAAAUGUGGUUGUGGUUGUGGCUGCGGCGGUAAAUGUGGUUGUGGUUGUGGCUGUAGCGGUAAAUGUGGUUGCAGCUGUGGUUGCGGCUGCGGUGGCUACGGUGGCUGUUGAACGAAAAUGUUACAUUCCAAUCUAUCUUAGAGGUGAGUCACAUAAUAGUAUUAUUUCCCUCUAGAAUUGUGUAGAAAUUGAGUAAUUCAUUUUCGAAUACGGGUUUUUAAUACUUUCAUAAGAUUAUAUUCAUUAGAUAUUUGGUAAUUAAGUAAGUACCUAUAUUGAACUUGUAUGCAUUGGUUUGACAAUGAUGCUUUAUUUUGUUUUUAUUUUUUAUUUGUGAAUCUCUUUCUACCAGAAAUCUUGCUCCUAUUUUCAAAUAUAUUUUUUUUUCUGAAAGAAAAUUUUAUCUGUGUGGUAUUUUAAACAAGUCGUUUUGUUAAUUUUCCAAGUGGUUUUUAUAAUAAUUGGAAAAAAUUGUGAAAAAGGUAGAAAAAACGGGAAAUUUUACGAAAUGUAUUCUUUUCAAUUUUAUUUUUUGUUGUGAUUUAAUUAAAAAUAUUCAUAGGGACUUGAUCUUUAAAUAAAAACUUAUAUUCGAUUUUCCUAGAUAUGAUCAAAUGUUAAAAAAAUUUUAGUCAUUUUUGAGAUACUUAAAACAUUUUAAUUUUACUAUAUUUUACGUAAUUGUUAUUCGGUAGAUACUCUGUGGACAAAAUUGUUAAACUAAACAAAAAUGCUUGACAAUUUAAUAGGGGGUUAUAAUAAUCGUACUUUGUGGCCAAGAAAAAAAAACUAAUUUUAAUUUAGAAUUUUGUUUAUAAGAAUUUUAAUAUAAAAUUUUGAUGAAAAUUGUAAUUAUUAUGGUUUUUUAAAACAUACAACCGAAUUCUGCUCAGAACCGUUUUUAGUUAACAAUGAUUAAUCUUUACGUAUAGAUAUAAAUUAAAUUUCACCUUUACCUUUCUAACUUCUCACCUACAACAGUGCCCCCUCUUCCAUCGUACGAAGUAUAUUCGUCUUUUUAAAUUUUAUAAUUUUUUAAAUUAAAAUAAUAGUAAAGUAUAUACCUAUAUACCUAUACACCUAUAUAAAGUAUAUACCUAUAUUUGGUCUAUUCUACCGGGAGUUUACGAUAUGGGGUACCACAUAAUUUAACAACCGAAUGACCUUUGACUGAAAUGGAGUGUCCGAGAGGUGAUAGAGUGGGAGUCGUUAACCUUUUCGUGUAAAUAACCCAUUUCUUGAAAAAAUUGUAAAACUAUGAUUUUCAAAGAGCCGUAAUGUUUUAGAUUAAAGAAUACAUACCAUAGUAUAAAAAAUGACCAACAUAUUUUACUAAGUAAUUUCAUUGGGAGUCGGUAGGCAUAAAAUCAAUGUUUAAUUUAUAUUUUAUAGGUCCAGCUAUAAAUUCUAUAAAGUCUAGAUAUUGAUGCAUUUUCAACUUUUUUUCCAAAAAUUAUUUAUAAGAAAUGAAUUGACUUAAUUUUGUAGAAGAAAUUCUAAAAAAUGCUUAAAAAAACAAUGAAUUGUACUGCGCAUCAUGCAUGUACCGAAAAAUUUACAUAUUUAAAACCUGUCUGAAAGUAUAAGUUUCGGUACUCCCUAUUACAUCUAAAAAACUUCAUUCCAGUCCAAGGUUAUCAUGAACAUAAUGACAACAACCUGACAAUAUCCAAUACCAAUUGGUGACAGUUUAAUAUGACAAUAUGACAAUACCAAUCAACAAACUGACAAUAUUUACUUAAAAAGUCAUUGAUUAUGCUUAGAUUUAUGCAGAGUACCCCAUGAAGAUAUUAUAUUCAUUGCUGUUAUUAUUAUUUUGUUUUAGAUAUUGUUAUAAUUCAUAAGCAUUUAACCAGCAACACCGGCACUGAGUGAAGAUAAAAUAGUUCGAAAUCAAAUUAAAGUUUCUAAAACGUUUAGGGUAAAUUAUGUGAUUUACUAUUAUUUGUUUAUAUUCAAAGGAAAAUAUACAUAUAAUAAUAAGUGCUUUUUAAUAAUAUUAUUAUCAUUAGAUUUGUAUCGAACUUUGGUUUUCAAGUAAUAAAUGAGCAGGUAUAUUAUAUAUACGUAUACACUCGAUAAAUACUAAGUUUAAAAGUAAGAUUAAACCCGAAUAUAAAUUAUUCUAUUAAUUUUCUUCUGAAGCGAUUCUGCCAUGUAUACUUAAAAAAAAAAAAAAAUGAUAGGUACCUAUAGUAUGAAAGAAAAGUUUUGUUUUUAAGAUCUUGUGUCGUUUUCUAAUUUUUUUUUUUCCAGAGGAUUUUACUCACAGGGGAGGAUUGAUACAUCGACAAUUUGAGUGUUUUUCCGAUGGACUGCACGUUUACUUCAUAUGCCUCUCCGGUACAGGUAAAUUAGGUAGAUACCUAUUUUUCAAGUAAACGGUUUCAGAUGUUUUAGUUUACUACAUACAGUAUGAAUGAUAAUGAUUCAUUAGCAAUGGAAAAAGAUUCAUUUCAGAGUAAUAUUUGUCAUAUUUUUUCCUUUGUUGCCAAUAAGAUGGAAUUUCAAUAUGAAAUAUUAAGAGUAUAUAAUUUUUUGAUUUUUUUUUUUUUUUAAAUCGGCUAUCGCCCUCUAGAUUAUCUCAACGCCCCCAAAAUAUCUUUACGUAUCAUACCGUCUGCCUUAAGGUUACCAACGCCUACACGGGGAUGCUAUCGCUCUACUAAGAAUCUAAAACGAUAUUAUAAACUGUAGACAUAAUUAUAUUGAAGAAUUCGUCAUUAUAGUUAAUGCAAAUUCUCAUUAAUAAUUAUCAUUUAGUAAUAAUAGGUAUUAAUAAAAUUAUUUCACUUAUCGUUAUUAAUUAAAUUAUUGUACAAUACACAUAAUUAUCACGAACGGAUUUUGAAAUUAACGCUUUGAUUAUUGUUAUUAUCAUAAUGUCGCUUCUGCAGCUUCUUAUUAUCAUAUUAAUACAGGUAUUUAUUUAUUAAUAAAAUAAUUUCGUUUGUUUUUAUUUAUUAUAUUACUUAGUAUUUAUAAUAUAACAAGAACAACGAACGAGUUUUGAAACCCUUACAAAUUAACUUUGAUUUAUUGUGUGUAGAUAAAUGUAGGUGUUCCCACGCGCCGUCACGUGUUCCUCUCCGGCACGGAUCCAAAGCAAAGAUCUGAGGGGGGGGGACAAUAUUUUAUUUUUUUUACAACACAAAUAAAAUUUCCAUGUCUCUACGGUUCUAAUUAUAGUAUCAUUAUAAAAUAAUCUAUUUGUGAUUUUUUGAAACCAACGUUGGUAGCGACAUGACGCACUCUUGUGGUGUCAACAAUUAACACGUAAUUACGAAAUUACAAUAUUGGUAUCACAGCCCACAGAUAUGCAUAAAAUACUAUGUUAUCAUUCAUAUUUGUGACUGAAAUAUAGUAAUAUCAGGAUCUAUAUAAUUAUAAAAAAACAUAUCUAAGAAGGGGUGCCUAGGCCCCUAGGGUUCCCCGGAUUCGUUCCUGUACACUAGGUUUUUAAUUUUUGACAUUUUGACCAGUGUUGUGUUCCAUCCAGAUAAAUUAUCUAGAUAAGUGUAUUUUUUAUAUUUAAUAAUCUUCGUCUAGAUAAUUGUUUUAGCGAGUACCUGUUUCUUAUCUUUAUCAAGAUUUUUUAAAUGUAGUUUUAUAAAACACUGGUCAAGACACUGGCUAUCUCCUCUGUGUCAAUUUUGUAGUCGUUGGGAGAAACAGUUUUCAUUCGCUUUUUUCAGAGAGUGCCUCAAAUCUAAUUCUAAUGUUUAAAUG